CGAGGAAUGGGUUGGCCGCGCACUUGAGCUCACUUCCUUGACCAGGGUCCUCUCCCAGCACCCGCCAGAGGACGCUACACGAUCAUCCAGCCAGAUCGCUCAAGCCCGCACGCCGACCACUCUCGAGCAGGACACAACAGAACACAACAGACCAGUCCAUUGAUAGUGCCCGGAAUCGUCCAUACGCCAAUUGCUCUGCAAUCCGAGCCACAGCCCCAUCGGAUCGCUCCAUUCACAUCCCCGAGCCCGUCCAAUGGUCGUCCUCAUUGCAACACCGGCCAUCUCGAGUGCCGUUAAUGAAGCCUACACCCGCCUCAACACAUCACCUUGUCAUGACCCUGCUCUGCUUGCCAGCAUUCUGGCUCUCGACCACCAGAACGAUCCAAGCUUUGCCAUUCCUCACGCGCUCCUCAACGAAAUCUCUCGGUUUUUGGGCCAAGCUGUUCCGGAGCGGCGGCAAGAAUAUCGAUUUCGCACUCUUCUGAAAGGCACGCGCUUCUAUAAGCCCCCUACUCCGGUUCGCGAGCGGAGUCCAGAGCUCACCGCUAUCCUGGAGAAGAUCAAGACCGAUCUCGACAACAAAGCCUACGCCGACAUGGUCCGUGAUGUCACCUCCGAUGCUGACAAGAGCAAGAUCCAAGGCGAGGAUGCUCGUGCUCUGCGGGAUGGCUUCAGACAGAUGGCGAGCAUCACCAACGUCCUGUUUUCGGUGGCCAGCGUCUUUGUUGCCAUCUACUUUGCCGCCAGCCAUGUCUCCAAUGAUCCUGGAAUGAAAACCCUGAUAGCUCUUGGCUUCAGCUUGAUUGUACUCCUUGCCGAGGGCUAUUUUUUCGCCAGGGACUGGCUCGUGGACAGCGAUAGCGAAGGCCCGCGGCUGUUUGGCCAGCCUGGCUCUGUUAGCCUGGACUCGGCGAAACAAUCGGAUGGCAGCUCGGCAAUCAGCAAGCCCGCCCGAGAGAAAAAGAACGAUUAGCACGUUCCAUGACGAGCGCUGGUUCUCACCGCGAGCCCAUUGCAUCUUGUCCAAAGCUGUCUGACAAACCGUGUGUAGUAUUGUCCCUCCGCGGAGUGAGGCGAAUCAUCGUAAGCGCUCAAGCGCAACUGCUCGAUAAUUUCUUCUGCAUCUAUCGUUUAUGCCGUUGUUGGCACCGGUCGCAAGUGGCAAGUUCCUGAGCAGCGUGGUUCAUGGAUACUCAGCGUCGAGCUCUCCCGCGAGUGAUGAUCAAAAUGCAUGCUGAAGCCUCGUUCCUGGUUGUGUUGACGGCACUUGAAAUAGCUACUACUGUCUCUGCACUUGUAAAACUCGGCGAAUGGUGGAGGAACAUAUCCUGGCAAUCCAGAAUGAUCCACGGCAAUACAGGAAGGCUCGGCUCAUGUGUG